GACAUCGCGUAGUAGUUUACGUUUAAUCUGGAUCGUAGUUAAAACAGUGUCCCGAGCGAUGUCAGAUCGAACGAAAGCAAUAAUCUUCGAAAAACGUGAUUAUGUCUGAGCGUAGGUUGCUACGAUUAAAGUGUUACUUUAAUAGCGUUCUAUGUCCGUCGAGAUGCUCAGGUUAUGCUAGUGCAGUCCUUGAACCUGUCACUAAACAGUGGCUUCAGCUGUUCUGCAGAAACCGAAGUACUGACCAGUUGUCUUGCGUCGAGGAAACUACGAUGUCGACUCUUCACAGGGAUCAGCUUGGGCAACGGGGACAGGGAGAUGCCGUGUGCCCGAGUUUACUACGUGGCCUUGAUCAUUUGAAGAACCCUCAAUUGAAUAAGGGUCUAGCAUUUAGCCUUGAAGAAAGGCAAGUGUUGGGUAUUCAUGGACUUCUACCACCAGUGGUGAAAACUCAGGAAGAGCAACUGGAACAAUGUAAACUAAAUCUGGAUCGCUAUCAAGAUGACCUCUCAAAAUACAUCUAUCUCAUUGGCUUGCUGGACAGAAACGAAAAGCUCUUCUACCGCCUGUUGGGUGAGGAUGUAGCAAAAAUGAUGCCUCUGGUAUACACACCAACAGUGGGUCUAGCUUGUCAGAAGUUUGGCCUAAUCUACAGAAGACCCCGUGGUUUGUUUAUAAGUAUACACGACAAAGGUUACGUGUACGAUAUCCUGAAAAACUGGCCUGAACACGAUGUACGAGCCAUAGUUGUCACUGAUGGUGAGAGAAUUCUUGGACUUGGUGAUCUGGGUGCCUAUGGAAUGGGAAUCCCUGUUGGCAAAUUGUCCUUGUACACUGCACUGGCUGGUAUCAAACCACAACAAUGUUUGCCUAUCACUCUGGAUGUUGGUACUAAUACUCAGUCCUUGUUGGAUGAUCCACUGUACAUCGGCCAUAAACAUAAACGCGUCACUGGUAAAGAAUAUGAUGAGUUCCUGGAAGAAUUCAUGACUGCGGCCGUCAGAAGAUAUGGACAGAAUGUUUUGAUACAGUUUGAAGAUUUCGGAAACACCAAUGCGUUCAACCUUCUUAUUAAAUAUCAGAAUCAAUAUUGUACUUUCAAUGAUGAUAUCCAAGGAACCGCUUCUGUCGCUGUUGCCGGUUUAGUGGCAUCUCUUCGAGUUACGCAUACAAAGUUGUCGGAUAAUGUAAUCGUCUUUCAAGGAGCUGGAGAGGCUUCCUUAGGUAUCGCAAAUUUGUGCGUCAUGGCCAUGGAGGAGGAAGGUGUUAACCAGGAGGAAGCUAGGAAAAAAAUCUGGAUGGUUGAUUCGAAAGGUUUAAUAGUCAAGAAUCGUCCAAGUGGUGGACUAACGGAGCACAAAUUGGAGUUCGCUCGAGAUCAUAAGCCAAUUAACACUUUGUUGGAGGUGGUAAAAAUCGCGAAACCUACGGUUCUUAUCGGUGCUGCUGCAGUUGGCGGUGCUUUUACCACUGAAAUACUGGAAGAAAUGGCAAAGAACAAUGAAAGACCUGUAAUUUUUGCUCUCAGCAAUCCAACGAGUAAGGCAGAAUGUACUGCCGAACAAGCUUAUGUUGCUACAAAGGGAAAAUGUAUAUUCGCUAGUGGAUCACCGUUCGAUCCAGUAACGUAUGAAGGCAAAACUUUCACUCCUGGUCAAGGAAACAACAGUUAUAUUUUCCCUGGAGUAGCGUUGGGUGUAAUAUGUAGUGGUAUGAAAACAAUUCCGGAAGAGACAUUCCUCAUUGCUGCUGAAACAUUAGCUGAAAUGGUUUCCGAAGAAGAUUUAGAGAGUGGAAACCUGUAUCCACCAUUACAAGACAUCCAGAAGUGCUCGUUAACGAUAGCCACGGCAGUCAUGAAAUACGGUUAUAAAAAAUGUCUUGCAACAGUUCAUCCAGAGCCUAAGGAUUACAAGCAAUUCAUUAAAGACCAACUAUAUGACCCCUGUUACACACCAUCAGUACCUCCAGUUUAUCAGUGGCCUAAAGCAUAAAUUGUUUUAUACUAUCAUCUUUACAAGCAAAGCUUUGAUAAAACGCGAAUAUGAUGUCGCGUAUGAAUAUGUACGCGACCCGCGUUUACUUACCUUUUUUUCUUAUUUGGCAUGGUAUCGUAAAAGUCCGUUGAGCAGGUCUCCAUAUAACUAUUUUAAAUCUUUGUACGAAUGUGAAUAAUUAGCAUGAGUGUCCGUGUAUAUGAGUGUAUAGAUAUCUAAUUCGACCAGGAACACGAUUUAAUUUCGAACUGUAUAAAUUUAUCACUACCGACCGUUUUAAAUUAUUGGGUAUGAUAAGUUUAAUGAAUGAUUCAACGAAUAAACAUUUUCAAAUGAUUA